AUGUCUCUGCAAUUUCCAGAUAACAUCCCGUCUGACCUGAAAGGUCCCAUAUCCUUAUGGUUCAAUCAAGACCGUAACCCAGAAACUAUAGAAGAAGUCACUGCACUUUGCAAAAAAUCCGACUGGGAUGAAUUACAUAAGAGAUUCGACACUAGAAUUCAAUUUGGUACUGCUGGUUUGAGAUCAGAAAUGCAAGCCGGGUUUAGUAGAAUGAACACCUUAGUGAUUAUACAAGCUACCCAGGGACUGGCCACCUAUAUAAAACAACAGUUCCCAGACAAUUUAGUAGUGGUAGUGGGACACGAUCAUAGAUUUCAUUCUAAAGAGUUUGCUAGAGCCACAGCAACUGCAUUUCUUCUGAAAGGAUUCAAAGUACACUACUUAAACCCUGACCACGAAUUUGUUCACACACCCUUAGUUCCCUUUGCAGUAGAUAAGUUGAAGGCCUCUGUCGGUGUAAUGAUAACAGCGAGCCAUAAUCCAAAGAUGGAUAAUGGAUACAAAGUAUACUAUUCAAAUGGGUGUCAAAUUAUUCCGCCACAUGAUCAUGCCAUUUCUGAUUCCAUUGACAUGAAUUUAGAGCCAUGGGCCGAUGUCUGGAAUUUUUCUGAAGUUUUGGACAAGGGCCUCAAACAGGGGAAAUUGAUGUAUUCUAGAGAAGAAAUGUUGAAGUUAUAUUUAAAAGAAGUAUCUAAAACCUUAGUGGAGACCAACCCACUAAAGUUUGAAAUAAAGGCUAAACCAUGGUUUGUGUACACUCCAAUGCAUGGUGUUGGCUUUGACAUUUUCAAUACCAUCGUGAAAAAGACAAUGUCACUAGUGGAAGGUAAAGAUUACCUAUGUGUUCCUGAGCAACAAAACCCAGAUCCUUCUUUCCCGACUGUUGGGUUUCCUAAUCCUGAAGAAAAAGGUGCCUUGGAUAUCGGUAUGCGGUUAGCAGAAGAACAUGACAUUAAUUUACUAGUUGCCAACGAUCCUGAUGCUGAUAGAUUUUCUAUUGCCGUCAAAGACACACAGUCAAAUAGAUGGCGGCAACUAACAGGUAAUGAAAUUGGUUUCUUAUUUGCAUUUUUUGAAUUUCAAAGAUAUAAGAACAUGGAUGAAGAAUUUCAACAAAGCCAUCCAUUAGCUAUGUUAAGUUCAACAGUGUCUUCACAAAUGAUCAAAAGAAUGGCAGAAGUGGAAGGCUUCCUUUACGAAGAUACACUAACUGGAUUCAAGUGGAUCGGAAACCGUGCAAUCACUUUGGAAAAGGAAGGGUAUUAUGUUCCGUUUGGUUUCGAAGAAGCGAUAGGUUACAUGUUUCCAGCAAUGGAGCAUGAUAAAGAUGGUAUUAGCGCUGCUGUUGUUCUUUUGCAAGCUUAUUGUAAAUGGAAAAUCGAUUCUAACCUAGACCCUAUAGAUAUCUUGGAAAAUGGAUUUAAAAAGUAUGGCGUAUUUAAAGAGUACAAUGGCUAUUAUACUGUUCCAAGCCCACUUGUUACAAAUGAAAUAUUUGAAUACAUUAGAAACGUCUAUACCCCAAAAGACGUAUCAUAUCCUCCAUUUAUCGGUGGAGAAAUCGAAGUAGUUUACUAUCGAGAUUUAACUACUGGAUAUCAAUCUGAUACUCCCGACCAUAAACCUGUUCUGCCAGUGGAUCCAACAUCUCAAAUGAUAACAUUAUCUGGAAAGCCAAGUGACGGAAAUGCUAAUGAGUACAUUCGUCUCACUCUUCGUGGGUCAGGGACGGAACCAAAGCUUAAAGUCUACAUCGAAGCCUGUGCGAAUAACGAAAAGAGGGCUUCUUACUUGGCGAAAUUAACAUGGGAUGUAUUGAAACGUGAGUGGUUUAGACCGGAAAUAAUGAAUAUAACCACUAAUUUUUGA